CGCGGUAGACCGAUUUAAUGGAUGAUAGUGGCGUCGGUUUUCCACGAUAACAUCGGCUAUCGAAUCCCAUCCAGACUACUAGCUACGAGUAGUUUAAGUUACGGAGGGCCUGAAUAUGGAGGCAUAUCUUCUUGAGCGAUCAUUGAAAGUAUCCAAAGAGUUGGGCGUUUUGCCGACCACUGGCACUGGUACAGCACAAACAAAUCCCCAAAGCGACAGUGUUGCAAUACAUGUACUGCAAUGAGGAACUGUUUGUACGUAUGAUCGAUUUGUUUACAUGUAACCACUCUGUUGAUAUAACUGCUUCAAACUGCAUUUUAUGUGCUGAUUAUAAUGGAAUCAGAUAUUUGAUUUAGAGAUUUAAUUGUUGAUGUUAGUAACUCUACUAUAAAAAAAUAUCUCUCGUUACUGUCAUACUUCUCUACCCGGAAUGAUUUUAUUUUCAGUUUUAUGCCUCUUCAGUUAUGUGGUAAACCUCAAUCUGAAACAUGUUUAGUAUGCAUCCCGCUAUAUCUGCACACAUCGCAUAGACUGGACAGAGAUUGCUACAGCAUCAAAGACACCUGUUGAUGCCCUGUAGUGGGGUUCUUGAUAGUUUCUAAAAAUAUUUCAUCAUACAUAAUCGGGCCAACCAACGACCACUAGCGUCAGGGACUAAUGCCGACGGUACAUCAGCGGUAUCUCUUCCCCCUUGGGUGGAAUUUUCACUCAUCGAAAGGCAGAUCAUAUGUGGAAAAUUGUAACCUUCUGACGUUAGCGAUCGAUUGGGAAACUCCAUCACUUCACACCCGAGUUUCCUUCAUCUCACCCAAUAGAUGAUUUUGAAAUUCAUAAUCGUUACACACACAAAUGGACUCAUAAUCGUUAUGUUGCACGAGUACAAAAAAAGAGCUUAAAGAAUAAAUCGGGGAAAAAGUUCGUGAUUGAUGGAUGAAGUGUUUCGAUUGCAGCAUUUAAGCAAUUCACUUUCCUUCGGUGUCAUGUAGCAAAUCAUUCCGUAGCGCAUUUUGUUUGGUAGACAGAAAUAAAAUCUCUGCUACGAUGUGCACGAUCGUGCACAGGAUCGUCGUUUGUACACUUGAACGCGAUGGUGACCUGUUCGUUUUGCUAUGGAAUCGUUCAGUAACCGUUUAAUGGGUGUGUUUUUUUGUUGUUGUUUUGUUUGUUUGCCUCAAACAUUUACGGACUCGAAGUGGACAUUUCAAGAAGCGUGAAUAAAACUUAAUCCGGCUUGGGAAAGCUGUUAGCUGUUUGGUGUUUUGGUUACGCUUCCGGUCCCAAAAUAGAGAAGCCAAAAUCACCACUGAAAAGGGAAACGAUCGGCUGUGAGGUAACAGUGAACGCUCUAUCAAUGCUUUUAUAAUAAACCACUCGUAGAUCGAAAGCAAAAUCGAUCACGAUCAGUGGUGUGUGUGAUCGUGAGAGAACGAAGGAAGGAGAAAAUCAAGAUCAAGGGAAAUGGGAAAAGUUUGGCGAAGUGUCGGUUCCGAGUGGGAAACAGAAAAUGGAAAACAUAAUAGAAGAAACAAUACACGGAACCGGAACGAUAGAAAGAAGUAAACAAAAGCGAGGAAAAGACACGUGCCAGACGUGCAGCAUCUAUAAAUAUAUCGACCUGCCCGUCAAGUGUCUUCGGAUUGUGAUUGAUUGUCAACUGAGGUGGACCUUAAGUCGUGCUUAGGAUCAGCUAAAACACAAUGCCACGAUCGUACUGCUGGUUUGCUUUGGUUUCAACACUUCUUUUACUGCUUCACCAUACGCUCGGUGAACUGCAACGAAACUCUCCAGCAAAACCGAUCGGCAAAGCGCGUGGUGAAUCUUCAACGUUUCCGUCCCGUGCGGGCGAACGGACGGAGCGCAUACGGGCCCAAUUGGCCGGUGGGUUCAUCGACGAUGCAAUGGUGCAUAAAAACGGUGCAACUCAACGGCACGCUUACAAUAACGUCGACCAUCAGCGGUCAAAUAAUGUUGCCGGAAGUGGACGAACGAUCGCUGCCGUGCAUGGGACGAGCGGACCGAUUCACACUUACAUAAAGACGGACAAAAAUGCCAACUUUAAGUGGGGUGUAAGGCAUUUUGUGGGGGCAAAGUAUGCUCGCUGAGCGCUAAGGAACUGUUCGGUAAGCUAAUGGGCGGAACGGUGAGGACUAAUGGGCAGCUAAUGGGUAAUUUUAUACAUUUAGUUAAAAAAAAAUAAACUAUGUAAUUUCUGUCUCAUUACAUUGCGAUGAGUAUGUAAUAAAAGAAAUGAUUUAAAUCCGCUGGUUAAAUUACACGCUAGAGAAAGUUGUAAUAAAUCGUCGAUUGAUAAUUGUGUAUUUACUUCGCAUUAUUAUCAUGUUGUUAAUAAAAUUACGAUAACAGUUGUGUUUUUUUUUGCGAUUUCGUUUUGGAUUGUACUGAGUAAAUAUUUGGUAUAAAUGAUUUACUUAUGGUACACCUACAGUCAGCGACAUAAUUAUAAGACAACUUGUUCUUUGAGAAUUAAAAAAUUGCAUAAAUAGAUACAAACAAUAUUAGACAAUAAUAGAUAAUCGUGGAUAUAAAAAAUACAAGUACAUUACUAAUAGCAUUGAAUAAUUAACUAAUUUGUUUUGAUUUUUAUAGAAAAUUGGAUAACUUCUGAAAGGUAAUUAUUUAGGUUGCGUUGAAAAAUUGUCUGGCCAAAAUUAGGUCUUUU